AUAUUUUUACAAUUUAAAACAUGCAAACUGACGAUAAAGACAAAAAUGAAGCUGUAGAGGAGCCUACCAAAGUGGUAUUCAAGAAAAAACCCCGCAAAAAUCUGCGACAGCGCAAAAACUCUGAUGAUGGCGAUAAUGACGAACAGCUCACGCUGGAUGAAAUCAAGGAGCGACAACGACUACGUCAACGCCCCAAUGGCGUUAGCUUAGUGGGUCUAGCGUUGGGCAAGAAAGUGGCGCCGGAGGAGGAGCUGGUCAUCAAGGAUCCGUUUAAUGUGAAAAUUGGUGGACUGGUCAACAUGCAAACAAUAAAAUCGGGCAAGAUGAAGGAAGUUGAUGAUGCCUAUGACGUGGGCAUUGGCACACAGUUCUCAGCUGAGACAAACAAGCGCGACGAGGACGAGGAAAUGAUGAAAUACAUUGAGCAAGAACUGCAAAAGCGCAAAGGCGGUGCGGCAGAUGAAAAUUCCAAUGAUCAUGACGACCGCGAUGCCCACAAAUAUAUGUCACCCGAAGAUGCGGCACUUUACGCUCUACCCGAACAUCUGCGACAAUCCUCCUCGCACAGAUCUGAAGAAAUGUUGUCCAACCAGAUGCUCAAUGGCAUACCCGAGGUAGACCUUGGCAUCCAGGCCAAGAUACACAACAUUGAGGCAACGGAGGAAGCUAAGCAAAAACUGCUACAGGAGGCUAAGAACAAAAAGGAUGGGCCCUCGCAGUUUGUGCCCACCAACAUGGCUGUCAACUUUAUGCAACACAACCGCUUUAACAUUGAGGACAGCAGUGAACGCAGGCGCAAGCGUGAGAAUAAGGAAGCCGACAACAAAUCCGUCAAGAAUCAAACCAAUCCCAACGGAGUCAAGCGUGCGACAGACGACUAUCAUUAUGACAAGUUUAGAAAACAAUUUCGUAGAUAUUGAAAUAAAGUACAAAGGCUUGUUUAUAUUUAUAUAGUUUAUUUAA